GACUCUUAUUAUCAUUCAUUAUUAUCAGAUUAUCAAAAAGCAAUCUUAUUAUAAAUUUAAAUUGUAAAAUGGGUUAAAAAAUCUACUUGUUGCAAAACCUUUCAACAAUUUCGAGAGUUUCAGGUGUUCCAGUCACCAGUCAGUAAAACUGAGAAAUGAGAAAAGCAGGUUAUUUUCGUUUUAUUCGCGUCUAUGGUAAUCUAAUCCUGAAAUGGCUCAAGACUUGAACAUGGUCUAUGAUCUCGUCUGCCCUAGUCCUCCGGCUCUAAAAGAACUCUCAUCCAUCGCUGUAACAGUGGAAUUAUGGCGUGAAAAAGUACGCAAGCAUCGCUUAAAUGAUUUAUAUGACAAUCGAGAUUUGAACUUGUUCAACUCUGAACUUGAUUCGUGUACCGUACCCGUACUUCCUGAUCUACCAUCAACAGUUUUUUCACUUGUUGAAAAACACUUCGGUAAGAUGCACUCUGCACUCUCUGCAUUGAAUGGGGGUUGGAUCUGGGAUGUGUGGGGUAAAAUCGAUAACAUUGAUUGCAAUUUUAAUGGUACUAUUAAUUACGAUAGACUUGCCAAACGAGUUGUACUCUGUGAAGAAAUCAGCGAUGAAUUUAAGUUCAAGAUCGCUUGUAAUUAUUGCUUAGAGGAUGCUGUUAUGCGAAUUUGGCCAUCUGUGUCUGAACACUUCAACUUGAAUGACAUGAUUUUCGACAUCGAUCCUUUAUUGUAUUAUUGGAUUUGCCGUCUUCAAGAUCAAUUGUAUAAGGUACCUUUAUUUGGACACGAUUACGCAGCUAUCGAUGAAAAACUAAUUCGAAUUCUCGACACCGAAAAUUGGUCUUCUGUCGAAUACUUUUGGAAUCGGUUAAAAGUUGCCUCGAGUCGAUUAGAAAACGCCAAGUACUUACAUAGAAGAAAUGGCCAUAUAUUCUGUAGAUACAUACUCGCAAGAUUGAGUAAGGAAGAACUCGAUGCGUUCAUGGCUGAUGUGGGUGAUGAUAUAAUGUGCGCUCUACUGAUAGGUGGGAUUUCGAGUCAUAAUGCAUGCCCUGGAAUGGAUAUUGAAAAUCUUUACGUUUUAGCAGCGUGGAACUAUAUUAAACAUAAAAUAAGCGAUAGCAGUUUCAUUUGCUUUGUUCGAGAGAUACUUAAUGAUCAGAGUCAGGAUAGUUGUUGUGUUCUGUCGAAUGACCAGGUUUUCUCUCGCGAGUUAUGGAAUAGUACUCCUAGUCAUUUGAAACAGCUCGUAAUACAGCAUUGUUUACUCGACAGAUCUUUAUUCGUGAACGAUGAUGUUUGUACUGUGAGAAAUAAUUGGAUGUUAUUCCGUAUACUUGAAGAUGCUCCGUUUAAGAUCAGAAACUCUUUUUGGCGCGAAAAUUGGCAUAUUUUGUUGAGCGGUAUCAAAACAGAGGAUUUGCAAAAAUUAAUGAUUUUAUGCUGCGAGAACGAAGAAGACAUUAUUCUGUUCAAAAAAACUCAUUUGUCUAAGUAUGAAAAUAUCAGCUCGAAUGGCUUAGAACAUCUUAAACAGUCGCGCAUUCGAGAGUUGAAUGAAUUUUUAAAUUAUUGCUGUUCGGAUGAGGAAACCAUUUCAGCUGUACGGCUGAAUUUAUUAAACGAACACUUGAAUUUUUACCGAAUUCCUGGUCCUUAUUUUUUUCUGAACGGUUGUAGUCAUCAUGAAAUUGCCAAUUUUAUCAGCAGUGGCCAUUCACUGAGUGCAUUUAUUACCGAUAGUUUUAACGAUAUCGAUCUCGCCGCUGAUUUCAAAAAUAACCUACUGUUGGCACCUCGAACGAGCGGAAUGUUAUCCAGAUGUGUAAUUCGCAACUACAGACUAAAGGAUGUAAUGCAAUUAGUCGAUACAUUUGUAACAUCUGAGCAAGCGGCAGUUAAUUUCAAAGAAUGCCAUCUUAUACCUGCUAUAGUGAAUCUUUUGAUAGAUGAAGAUGAUACCAGAUUCCAGUUUGAAUACGACGCGUUUGAAAAGUUCACACAGUGGUGUUUCGGAAGUGACGAAAAAAUCGCGAAAUUCAAACAAACGUUACCUCUUGAUGAAAUCGUUCGAAAUUUAAUCGCGGAUGAAGAUGCUAAUGUUCGUCACGCUCUGGAUGAAGGGUCUUGGGAACAGAGACGUUUGGGCGUUGUUUAUUCUUCCAUCGUUCAAUUUUUAGAAUGGUAUUUUUCUACUCCCGAAGAAGUCGCAGACUUUGAAAAAAAGGUUGAUUGGUUCGAGAAAUUUCACUGCAAUUUCAAACAAGUAGCGAAAAAUGUGUUCAUUAUUGAUAGACAUUCUGUCACGGAUUUUUUUAAUAAAGAAUUUGAUACUAAUUACUAAGGGAUAAGUAUUAUUUAUUGUUAUUUAAUUGAAGUAAGAAGUGAAAAUUACAAAUGUUUUUUAUGCGA